UGCUUUUGUCUCACAGACCUGGCAACCCUGCAUCACAACAACACGGCUGCGGCUAGCUCCCUGGACAGCCAAAGUGCAAUUAUUUUCCCUCUAAUUUGGACCACAUUAACAGGUACGCUGGAAUUUUCUGAUACCCACUCGGACAUGUCCUAUGUCUUCAUCAACGACUCGUCGCAGACCAGCGUGCCUUUGCUGCAGGCGUGCAUCGACGGCGACCUGCCCUUCGCCAAGCGGCUGCUCGAGACGGGAUGCGACCCGAACAUCCGUGAUAACCGGGGCCGCACCGGCCUGCACCUAGCCGCCGCCCGCGGGAACGUGGACAUAUGCCGCUUCUUGCACAAGUUCGGGGCGGAUCUGCUGGCGACGGAUUACCAAGGGAACACGGCGCUGCAUCUGUGUGGGCACGUGGACACCAUACAGUUCCUCGUGUCCAACGGGCUGAAGAUUGACAUCUGCAACCACAAUGGAUCGACUCCCCUGGUGCUGGCGAAGAGACGCGGGGUGAACAAGGACGCCAUCCGUCUGCUGGAGGGCCUGGAGGAGCAGGAGGUGAAAGGCUUCAACAGAGGGCCGCACUCCAAACUGGAGACCAUGCAGAUGGCCGAGAGCGAGAGUGCAAUGGAGAGCCACUCGCUGCUGAACCCCAACCUGCAGAGCAGCGAGGGCGUCCUGUCCAGCUUCAGGACCACCUGGCAGGAGUUUGUGGAGGACCUGGGCUUCUGGAGGGUCCUGCUGCUGCUCGUGGUCAUCGCCCUCCUCUCCCUCGGCAUCGCCUACUACGUCAGCGGGGUCCUGCCUUUCUCUGCCAACCAGCUGGAGCUGGUGCACUGAAGGAGGGCCGGGACGGAGGCAAGAGGACGGGGAGGGGAGUGAGUAGAAGGGACAAGUGAAAUUCUGCUUUUGGCUGUGUACAUACACCUGAAUACAAAAAUCUCAUUUUUAACCCUUGCAGCCAUGUUCUUGUUUUCUCCUGGUUGUCUAAACCUGGAAGCAUCAUAGUCAAAAAAUUCAGUUCUGAAACACGAGCCCAGAUAAAUGUCAUUCUUUGUCAAGUGAAAAAAAAAGAUAAAAAGGCUUUUAUUACAUGAGCUGCAAGGCAAUUACAUGGGCUAUUAAAUUAAAAAGGACCAAUGUAUAGUGCACAUUUUAGAACAUCCUCAGCAUCGCUUCUCAGAUACCAGACAAAACGGCAUUCUUCAUCAGACUAAAACGCUUCAGGUGUCUGGAAGCACUCUCGUCAAGUCUGAGGUCCAGUUCCCCUGAACUGGCGAGAAGGCGAGACAGCCUCUGAUUUAAAAAAAAAAAAAAAAAGAAGAGAAAAGAAAGAAAGAAAAAAAAAGCAUCAGACAAAACUCCCUUGGGGGAAAAAACAGCAUCAGGCGAAGGUUCACUGCAACUUAGCACUUUUAGAGUCGUGUUUUCCUGUCUAAUGGCGGCCAAAACUAGGAACUUUAUGCCCCUUACUUCAAGUCUUGCCUAUAUAAAUGAUUUCAAAUAGAGUUACUUGCUUUUAUACAGUCUAAUUAAUAUGGGUUGCUUUCUGCAGCCACUGCACGCCACUCUGUCAUGAGCGUGACCCGCUCAGUCUUCGGCUGAACGUCUCACAUCGGAGCUUCAUCUCCAAAAGUAGCGUGCACUUUUGUCCAACACCGUUUUGUCUGAGGAGAUUUGUUCUGAUGACUUUUCACCUGAGGAGACUUUGUGCGGGGCAGAUCCCAGGUUUUUGUCCCAUGUCCAGUUACACUAGUUAUUUGACAAGAGUUAUUUCAGAGGCCUGAAGAUGUUUUCCUCCUGGUGUCUGAGAACUAACACUGAGGUGUGAGGAUGUCCUCAGAUGUAUUAAACUGGUAGUCUUAGUCAGCCUGUUUCAUCCUUUCAAGGAUUCUGUUUUUGACUGGCAAGUGAAGGAUCCAAAGUUUUCUACUAUCAGUGUGAAUCUACCUGUCCCUCCAAAGAGCUCGUUCCCUCUGUCCUUGUACAGAUCCCAUUGUUGUGUCUUUAGCCGGCUGUGAGGAGUUGAGCGGUGUGGUUAGGAGAGACCGUGGACUGAAGUGGGUGGGGGCUGAAGAGAGACGUGGGAAUACAUGGAUGAUUUGGUUAUUUUGAAACUACUCCUAACCCCACGGUGUGUUUCCAGUGGGAAAACAACAGUGCUGAUGUCAUCAUCAUGAUUGAAGUGGCUCACCCCGAUAAUGUAUGACAUCUAGCUUUGUUUUGAAUUGAGAUGAUCAAUUCACAGUGCAAACAUUAGCCAUUUUGUCCACAGAGAUCAUUAAAAUUCAGUCAGAUCAACCGAAAUAUAAAGACGUGAGCAGGUUAUCAGCUAUAGUGUGCUUUACUUGCAUUGUUUGUAAAGGCUUACCAUCCUAACAUAUGAACAGUUACCAUGUAUUUUUGCCUAACAACCCUCGUUUUUCUUUUUGUUUGUUUGUUUGUUUUACACAGUGCAAACUGAUACUGUAAAUGAAUGAUACCAUGAUUUUUUUUUUCUUCUGAUAACUAUGUAAAUGUGAUGCUGUUGCUUCAGUCUCUUCUCUAACAUGUCCCCCUCGGAGACUUGCAUAAAAAAAUAAUUUCUGACAACAUGCACUAGGUAAAGAUCUGGGUUGAUUAGUGUAUGUGAAUUACUCUUUAACCUUUGUCUUAGUGAAACUGGAGUGUGUCAGAGGUUAACUGAAUAUGAAUGGGAUGAGCAGCCAGCCACAGAUCACAUGGUAACCUUACCCUGAAACUAACUUCGAAUAAUAUUUCCUUGCACUGUUUGACUCAGCUCUUACCGGUCUUGUCAUCGCACCAGAAAUCCUCUAUGUUAUUUUUGUUUUCUUCAAAGCAGGAAGUUUCACUUGGUACUUGAAAGUGUUUCCGUGAGUCCCAAUGUGUGUCUCCUUUUUCAUGCCUCUCUUAUGUUAUGUUACAAGCUGUAUAUUGCCAAUGUUUCAUAUCAUUUUGUACUUUUCUCUUGCUUGUUUAACCUGUCAGAUUUCUAUCAAAUAUUAUUUAUCAUUUUUUUUGUAUUAAUCUCCCUCCUGAAAUGUUGAAAUGUGGCACCCUUGUUAUCUUUUUGUCCUCUUUGAUGAAUCUGGUUGGUUGAUCGGAGGCUGAUAACUUGACUGUUGAUGGCUCGGCGUUGUGCAGGACUGUGGUGUUGUCUGCGGUGUGUCUUUGCAGAUCAGAUGGGAGAAGCACCUUGACUGUGUGCCUUUUUGAGUGAAAUCAACCCUUGUGUUUUACAGUGUUUCAUUACAGACAUUCCCACCAGAAACAUGCAGCUUCGUUGCAUUAAAACCUAAACAUCAUACAUGGACGGGCCCUGUGCUCACAACGUAUAGGAUCAUGGAAGAGGCUUCACGGUUUAUUGUGUAUACUUAUUUUGUUGUAUAUUCAUUUUAUCACAAUGUUCUUGUAAACCAUGUAGAUUUUAUUUGAUGUACUUUCUCCACUGUUGGUUAUGUGUUUGGAGAGUAACAUAUUUGAAGUAAACCCAUAAUUUAAUGUGGAAAAUUAAUAAAAUCAUGUUUAUGAUGACCCAUA